UUUGAAAUGGCUGAUAACUUCGAUAGGAAGAGAAAGUUCCACGAGAUGAGUGCAGGAGGCAUCUACGAGGAUAGCGAAAUGCAGGACGAACCAAGGCACCACAAUCAGGAUAUGGAUUAUAGAAGGCCCCAUACAGAACACUUGGAUAUGGAUGACGGCGGUCAUUUCUCUGAGGAUGAGCAUCCUCAAGAAGAAAGUGACAUUAUUGCUGGAGACAACCAGGACAACCAGAGUGAUAAUGUAUCUGGAGAUGAUCUCAUGGAAAACGCAGAGAAUGACUACAAAGCUAUUCCUGAAUUAGAUAGAUACGAACGAAGAGGAAUUGACGAUAAUGAGGAAAUGAACCAGCUCCAACUCAAUGCUGAUGGAAAAGCUAGAGUAGAUAUCCUUCUCAAUGAGAGAGACAGAAGAGAAGGUAUCCAAAACCGCAGAAUUCCUGUUGCAAUGAUGGAAGAGGAAGACUCUGAAAAUGAAGAACUUGCUAGAGAAUUAAGAAAGGAAAGACUCAGAAGAGAUCAUAAAGAAGAAGAGGAAGAUGACAUUGAUGAACAAUAUUUAGAUUAUGAAGAGACUAAAGGAAGUAUCCAUGAAUGGUUGAAGCAGCCAAAGACUGUCAAAUUUGUGAGAAAUCAAUUCAGCCAUUUCCUUAGAAGCUUCAAAGAUGAAAAUGGAGUUGAUGUAUAUGAGCAAAGAAUUGUAGAAAUGUGCUCAAAUAAUAGACAGAGUCUCGAGAUUACUUAUAGCCAUCUCUCUACAAAGAACCCAACUUUAGCUAUCUGGGUUGCUGAAUGUCCAAAUUUGACUCUUCCAAUUUUAAAUGGGGUCGCUUAUGAGCUUGUAAAUGAAGUAUUCCCAUCAUAUGAGCAUAUUUUCAAAGAGACUUACGUUAGAAUAAAGGAUCUCCCAAUUGAGGAUAAUCUUAGAGAUCUCAGACAAGUACAUAGGAAUGCUCUUAUUAAAAUUAAAGGAGUAAUCACUAAGAGGACUGGAAUUUUUCCACAAAUGAAGAGAGCCUACUUCUAUUGUGGUAAAUGUGGAGAAAGAAAAGGACCAAUAAUUCUCUCUACUAAUGAAGAGUCUACAAUUGGGAAUUGCUUCAGAUGCCAUUCUAGUGGUCCAUUCAGUUUAGACUCUGUUGAUAAUGAAUACAGUAAUUUCCAAAAGAUCACAGUCCAAGAGACUCCAGGAACUGUUCCUCCAGGAAGAGUGCCAAGACAGAAAGAAGUGAUUCUUACUGGAGACUUGGUUGAUUGUGCUAGGCCAGGAGAUGAAAUUGAAGUUACUGGAAUAUAUACCAUGCAUUUUGAUCACAACAUGAAUAUCCAGCAUGGUUUCCCAAUCUUCAAUACUUUUAUUGAAGCUAAUUAUGUUAAGAGUCUUCAGGACAUUGAUAACAACAUCCUUACUGAAGACGAAGUGAGCGAGAUUAGAAAUCUUUCGAAGAAAGAUAACAUUGCCAAAAGAAUUAUUGCUAGUGUUGCUCCUUCAAUUCAUGGUCACAAUUUCAUUAAAACUGCAUUGAUGCUCGCAAUGUUUGGAGGAGAACCCAAAGAUGUAGGUGGAAAACAUAAAAUCAGAGGAGACAUCAACAUCUUGUUGCUUGGUGAUCCUGGUACCGCCAAAUCUCAAUUUUUGAAAUAUGUAGAGAAAACAUUCCAUAGAGUUGUCUACACAACAGGUAAAGGAGCUAGUGCUGUCGGUCUUACAGCUGGAGUUAUCAGAGAUCCAGUUACUAGAGAAUGGAUGCUUGAAGGAGGAGCCCUCGUACUAGCAGACAAAGGAGUCUGCUUAAUCGAUGAGUUUGAUAAGAUGAACGAAGUAGAUAGAACCUCAAUUCAUGAGGCAAUGGAACAACAAUCUAUUUCAAUUUCGAAGGCUGGAAUUGUGACAAGUCUAAAAGCUAGAUGCUCUGUUAUUGCAGCUGCUAAUCCUAUCUUCGGAAGAUAUGAUCCUCAAAGGAACUUCAUGGAUAACGUUGAUUUGACUGAUCCAAUCAUUUCAAGAUUCGAUGUUCUCUCAGUAGUAAGAGAUGAGGUUGAUUUCUACAAGGAUAAAUCAUUGGCCACUUUUGUGAUCAACUCCCAUAUCAGAAGUCACCCAGAAGAGAUCUCUGAAGAAAGAUUGAAUUAUACUCUUCUUGAAGAGGAUAUCACUGAUGUGAGCAAAGAAGAUUUCCUCUCUCAAGAACUCUUGAAGAAAUAUAUCAUUUAUGCGAGGAAGUUUAUCCAUCCUAAACUGACUGAUGUGGAUAAAGAAAAGAUCUCAGACUUCUACUCUGCAAUCAGAAAAUACUCAUCUUCUGUUGGAGGAAUCCCUAUUGGUAUUAGGCAUAUCGAAAGUAUGCUGAGAAUGUCUGAGGCACAUGCUAAAAUGCACUUAAGAGAGAAUGUAAAUGCUGCUGACAUUGACUUAGCAAUUAAAAUGCUUCUAGAGAGCUUCUUACAAAGUCAAAAGACAUCUAUCGCAAGUGCUUUGAGACCAAAACUAAUGAAAUUCUUGUCCAAGUCAGAAGACGAUUUUGAGCUUCUGUUCCAUACUCUGAAGGUUAUUGCAAAAGACAAAGCCAGAUACUUGAGAAUGAAUCAAGACGAUCUAGGAGAUGUCAUCGAAGUAGAAAUCCCAAAGGAAGAAUUUGAGCAACAGACUAAGGAUGUAAAUAACUUCACUAUGGAAAAAUUCUACAAUUCGACUAGAUUCAAACAACAAUAUAUCAGAGAAGGUGAUUGCAUCAGGACAAAAAUUAUAUAAGAGAUUAACAAUUCAAUAAUUCAAUAUUUUCUAA